GGAAGCUGGCUUUGGAAUAAGUCUUUUCAUGCCAGGCUUCUGACUUGAAUUUUUUCUAGAAUUUUUUGAAAAGCAAGAUACCUUGUUUUCUUUUGUCCAUGGAAUUCCCAUUUUUUCAUGGAAAGAUAACAAGAAGAACCUGUGAAGAGCUGCUGAGCAAGAAGAAAAAGAAUGGCAGCUAUUUAAUACGGGAGAGUGAGAGUGUGGAAGGAGCCUUGUGUCUCUGUGUUUUCUUUGAGGACAUCAUCUACACUUACCGUAUCUUCAGGGAACCCCAAGGAUAUCUUAGAAUACAGACUUCUGAAGGUGUUCCAGAGAGGACCUUCAAAACAUUAAAGGACUUAAUAUACGCUUUUGAAAAGCCAGAUCAAGGACUGAUAACAAACCUCCGCUACCCAGUGAAGAAACCGAAUGCCUUGCAAAGAAGCCAGAAGUUCAAGUCAGGAAUGGACAGCACUUAUGAUGAAGCUGAUGACGGCGGUGAUUACAUCACUGUCUUACCCUGA